AUGUCCGCCAAUACCCCCGUGAUCAUCGGCGUAGGCGACAUCAAGAACCGCUCCACCGCCAUCGCGGAUGCGAAGGAGCCCGCAACAUUAAUGCUAGAAGCCAUCCAGAAAGCCAUCAGCGACACUGCAUCUCUCUCGAAGACUGAAUUGCAGUCAGCAAUCGACAGCAUCGAUGUUGUCAAGACGUGGACUUGGCCGUAUCCAGAUCUACCCGGGCUUUUGGCAGAGAAGCUGGGCGUUGAUCAGAGUCUGAAAUGGAAGAGAUAUUCCGAACACGGAGGCGAUAAACCAGGAAAGCUUUUCGAUGAGGCCGCCAAGAGGAUUGCAAAAGGCGAAUGCAAAGUCGCGGUUGUAACUGGAGGUGAAGCAUUAGCUUCGUGUACGUACCGCAUGCCUUUCCGAGGUCUCCGCUCAUCACUGACUGUACCAGUAUCCGCGUGUGCAACUGCAAAGAAGCUUCCUCCACCAGGCUGGACAGCUCCGUCCGAAGCUGUAGAUUCGGUCUUCACACCAACAGGUCGCGACCUAGGAAAUAGUGCGGUUUCUUCUAUCUGGCAAACCCUUUCUUCUACUGACUCUGGCAAAGACCUCGGAGCUAUUCACAAGAUUGGUGCGCCGAUACAUGUCUACCCACUUUACGAGAACGCGUUCCGUGCGCAUCGCGGGCAGACGCUGAAGGCAAACCACGAAGAGAGUGCAAAGCUGUAUGCUGAAUUUGCAGACGUCGCAAAGAAUAAUGAGUACGCAUGGAGUCAAGGAAUUUCAAGUAGUGAGGAAGACAUCAAGACUAUUGGGAAGAAGAACAGGAUGAUAUGCUACCCUUAUCCCCUGCUUAUGAACGCCUUCAACACGGUUAAUCUUGCCUCUGCAGUCAUCCUUACAUCGACUUCCUUCGCCAAAAGUUUAGGUGUUCCCGAGUCGAAAUGGGUUUAUCCGCUUGGCGGCGCGGGAACGAAGGACGCGGAUGAGUUCUGGAAACGACCAAACUUCUAUUCCUCGCCGAGUAUAUCGCGCUCUCUUGAUGCGAGUUUGAAAGUUUCUGGUACGACCAAGGAAGAGAUGGACAUCAUUGACAUCUACUCCUGCUUUCCCAUUGUGCCUAAGAUUGCGGCGCAGCAUCUAGGAAUACCUGUGGUUGGUCGUCAAAAGCCACCGACGAUACUUGGUGGCCUGACAUCGUUCGGCGGAGCUGGCAAUAACUACUCAAUGCAUGCGCUCACCGAGAUGACUCGGCAGAUAAGAGACGGUAAAGGGAAAAAGGGACUCGUGCUCUGCAAUGGCGGCGUUCUGAGCUAUCAGUACGUCGUCAUAUUGUCGAAAGAGCCCAGAAGAGAAGGAACCUAUCCGAUAGAGAACCCUCUACCGCCGCAGAUUACUGAUGUGCCCGCACCUGAGCUCGUCUUCGACCCAGAGGGCGAGGCUGUUGUCGAAACUUACACCGUAGAGUUCAACCGAGACGGCAGCCCGCUUCGAGGUCACAUUAUUGGUCGCUUAAAGAGCAGCAGCAAACGUUUCCUCUCGAAUCAUGGAGAUGAAAGCACGUUGCGACAGAUGGCCAGUGGUGCGGUCGAGAUCGUGGGCAAAAGCGGAUGGGUUUGGCAAGAUGGUGAAAAGAAGGGGAGGUCGCUGUUUGCAUUCGAUAAGCCAGCAAGACUGUAG